CUUUCUUCCGUCAUAGCCAUCUACGUCUGCCCUUCGUUGCCGUCAACGUUUCCGUGCGUUUAGCUAAAACCUCAAUGAUUUUCUUUUGUUGUCCUUCUAUGCCUCACAGGCUUUUCGUUGCCCCAUCAUUUAUUCAUAUUCGGUCCCUCACAAUUCGGAUUACAAGCAUUUCCUUCAUUCUCUAUAGAAAUGGCUCUGAUUUGGAACAACACUCUCUCGGAAAUCAACAGUUAGGCUUAAGAAUCCGAAUAAGAGAUAAAACUGAUUUCUUGGUUGUGAUGAUCAAAAUAUGGCACCUCUCUCACCGUCGUCCGGAGAUGCUUCUGUGGAUUAUCUUUCCGUCUUAUAAACUUGAAGCUCGUGCAUGCUGACCCAGAACUUAAAAUCGAAGGUUGGAAUCGAAGGAAUGGUUCAAAGAUUCUGAAUAGCUCGAUGACAUUACUUGAUUCCCACUGUUUUAUUCAAUCCAAUCUUUUGAUAGAUGUGCCAUUUCUUCGGUUCUUUUACGUAGUAUUCACAUAAUAGAUUUUCAUUGGGAAUUCUGGAUUUGAUUUUGACUUAAACUACACAUUACUAGAAUUUUCUAAUAUUUCACUUCUUCAAUUGAAAUCCAAUGUUUAAUUCGGUUGAAAGUAAAAUAAAAAUCCACUCCGAAGUGCAAUGAAUAAACAUUAGAUGAAUCAACACUAGAUGAAUACACAUAAUUAGAUAAUUAGUCUCUAUGGUCAAACAUACAAAGAGAAAGGAGGUAAUCUUAGUCAGCAUUAUUUAGCAAUGAAUAAACCCCAGAAGGCCAGAAGUACGUGCUUCUUCCAAGGCCACAUUCAUCAUGGCUUCAAAGCAUUUGAUGAUGAGUUAUAGAUUGAAUCUGAAAUAUUUGAUGCUUCUCAUCAAGUCAAUAAUUGUACAAUCGGUGAUAAUUUCAAUUCCUUCAUCCUUCGCGUGGAUUUUGAAAGAAGUGCGUGUGUAUAUGUAACGUAUAUAUGUAUAUCAGUAUAUAUAUACAUAUCUUGGCCUUUGAUCACAUGGAAAUGGAUGGAUUAGAUGAACUUUAAACACAAGAGACGGUUUAAAAAAAUGUGCAAAUAUUUAUACUAUAAAGUGGAUAACUACUGAUUAAAAGUGCACUCAUGCAUGUUAAAAAAGAUGGCCAAAACUUUCUAACUUCUGCACUUUUUAUUUUGUAGUGUAUUGCACUUUUGUGCUCUACGUUUCCACUUUUCGACUAUUCUCAUACACAUUUUUCACAAUAUUUUCAAUAAAAUUUCUUCAUAAUUACCAAAAUGCCAUCGCGUUUUUCACUUAAAAUUUGAUCUCUUCCAUCCAUUUUUUCACAUCAAUGGCCAAGAUUAGUUCUUAUUUUUCAACUAGGAAGCACUUUUGAUUUGGUCCAUGCUCUCCUCUCUCUCUCUCUCUCUAUAUAUAUAUAUAUAUAUAUAGAGAGAGAGAGAGAGAGAGAAAAGAUCAGGUGAGAAGUGCCCCUUAAAAUGAGAAGUGAGAAGUAAUCGAUCCUAGCCCUUAGAUUUGCAUCUGAUUUUACAACGCAGUAAACUUAUAGACUAAAUAUAGGAACUUAUAACCUAUAAAUCAUAACUUAUAAAGCUCUCCAUAAUAAUUAAGAAAAUGCCACCGCGCCAAAAAAUUUUCCAAGUUUCCGUGUUAUUUUUUUGCGGUGACAUUUUUGUAAUUAUUUUCGAGGGGUCUAUAAGUUAUGAUUUACUGGUCAAAAGUUUCCAUAUUUAGUCUAUAAGUUUAACUUCGCAGUUCUCAGCCUAAGAGCACUUUUCACCUGAUCUGCUCCCUAUAUAUAUAAUACACAAUUAUAUGGGUAAAAUAUAUAUGCAUCCUAAUGAUCCUCGUAUUAAGUGUAUGCAUGCUUUCACAUGUUCUGUGAUGUUCUCUAUAGCAGGCUAGCUAAUAAAUAGACCAUUUAGAUUAGUGAAUUUUUUUCUGCCAUUUAAUAUUGUGCCAUUUAGAAGAGCAUUGCUUAUAAGUUAUAAAUAUUUUUAAUUUGCUCCCUUAGUGCCUUUUCUUCUGGUACAUUAUCACAGAGCACUUCGAGGAAGAAUAACCAAAUUCAAUGAACGACAUGCCACUCUUUAGGACCAGUCCUGUGAUAUCCAAUAUAAUGGAGAUACAAGAAGCUUAUAUGGAAGAAUGUAUAUCACUCGCUUUAAGACAAGCCAAAGUGGGUUUUCUUUACAUUUAGAAAGACAUUCUAAGCAAAAAAGAAAAAUGUCAAACACUCUUGUGAUAAAGUUUGCGAGCUUGUAUUUUAUCUCAUUUGGAACAAUUAAGUUGAUACACUUUCCCUUAUCAACUUCGUAGGAAGUCUUGUAAUAGUGUAUUCCAUGAAAUGGACAUUGGGCAUUUAUUCGAUCGCGCAACGCGCGUUAGAAAAACUAGUAUAUAUAUAUAUAUGAAAUUAAUGUCUUUUUAGUGUCUGAUUACUG